AAAGCGUUUGGGUGAGAAUCAGAGAGGCGGGGCUAUCUGCCUUGUCCCUCCGUGGAUACCGUAGUGAAUGCAUGGCCCGCGGGGAUCAUGUUGAAGGUGACAGGUAGUGCCAUGCCGGGAGCCCUGCGAUUUUCACCGUUCACCGUGUUUGCUGCUGCCGGUGACGGCGAGAAGGAACCAGCGGUGGCGGCGGCUUCGUUAAACGUGGACGAACUGUCUCUGUACACCGCUCCCCCGGAGAAGUUUCGGUACGUGGAGCCUAAAGCGGGGCAGCUGGAGGAGCGAGUCGCCACCCUCAGGAAGUUAGCGGAGCCGUACACUGCUUGGUGUCAGGUCACCUAUGAGAAAAUUAAACCCAAAGUUCAGGGGGUCUUCCAGUUUGGGAACGACGCAUACGCCUAUGUGAAGAACCCCCCGAAGGACUUCUACCCCCGUGCGGGAGUCAUCGGCUUUACCGGAGUCCUUGGCCUGGUUCUUGCCAGAGGCUCCAGGAUUAAGAAACUCAUCUACCCGACCACUCUCAUGACCCUGAGCGCCUCUCUCUACUACCCGGAGAAAGCAGCGGCCAUCGCAAAGUCAACCGGAGACUCCGUGUACGACUUGGCCGUGCAGAGCUACGCAGCGGCGGAGAAGAUCCUAAACCCCCAGAGCAAAGCUGAGAAGGUCAAUAAACCCGAAAUGAGCAGCGACUCCGAGACCAAACAGUGAUGACCCCGGCGUGACUGCAAUAACCGAGCAGUAGCCAAUCACACAGCAGCUUUAUCCCGAUACUGUAAACUGAGCGCUUUCUAGACAGCGUGACUUUUUCAUGCCUACACUUUGCACUAAGCUUCACGUGAAACUCAGGCCGGGCAAAGGGAAGGGGGGGAUUUGCAACUUGAAUGACUUCCUUCCGAUUUGAAUGUGUAUUUAUGUAGAGAUAAAGCAGUAUCUUACAUUAAAGUUGUUUUACCGCCUUGAUUCUGUGUCCUGUAAUGCCACAUGCACAAACAAGAUGGUCAGCACCAAAGAGAAGAAAACUAAUUCAGGAUUUUAAUAAUCAGUCGUUUAUUUUAAGUUUUGUUCAAUGGGGUGACAAAGACCAAAGUAGGCAAGUCGCAUUUGAUCUGAAAUUGUGUAUUAGUUUCAAGUUUUAUUUGUCAUAUACAGGUAACAAUUAUUAUACUCACAGAUUUUAAACAUAUUGUAUAAAAUAAGUUUUGCUAAAAAGUCAUAAUCCUACAUAAACUCAAAACA